UUUUGUAUAACGGAAAUUGAGACAUAAAACAGUCUCGAAUACAUUUCAGUUGCUACAAACAUUCAAAAUGGCCGCAGUCAACAACGAGGGUCGGCGCGGGAAACUGAAAAAGACGGAAUCAAAUGUCAAGUUUGCAACUGAAACCAUGGCAACGGGUAAAAGUGGACGUGAGGUGAGCUCAGCAACAUCUUUCAGUGCAACGAGGACAAAGUUUCUACAUAAUCCCGGUGUUCCUAUGGCAACUGAUGAUGAACGACUUAAGUUUGAGUUGGAGAACAAGGAUAAGACCAAGGGGAAAAAACCCAGGAAGCGACGAGAGAAGUCAGCGAGUCUAGAUCCUUAUGAAACGGAAGACAAGGAAACCAGAAGAUUGAGGGAACUCCGAGAGUGCAUUCAUGCUGGGGAGAGUAACAAGGAUAUUCAUGAACGCUUGAAAACCCUGAUGUUGCGCCACGUGCGCGUUCUAGAUGAUUUGACUAAGCUGCGGAACCACUACUACGCAGUCUACAUGAACAAGCUGAACGACAAAGUAGAAGACCAGAGGAGAGAGAUUCAGAGAAGGACAGAUCAGCUGAACCGAAGGAUCCUCAGGAAAGAACUUCAAGAGAAGAGGGAAUCACACAAACUGAAGAAACGGCAUGAGAAGUCGUCCCUGAAUCAUGACAAUACCUUCCUGGAAAACCUUCCUCGGACCAAGCUCCAUCAGAUCAUUUGUCUGGAGGAGAAACUCAUGAAGGAAGGAAAGUUCAGGACGAUUGAAGACUUGGAGAACUUCUGGAGCGACAUUGAAAAGCCAGAGAACCUCCAGUUGCUGUUUGGAGGCGGGGAAGCACUGACGACUGGGGGCUAUGGCACUCAUAUUGGCUCUCAGGAGGAUAUCCAUACAGAGCCCUCCCUGUGUAACAGUGUGACGUCAUCAUUGACCUCUCUCAAUCAAGAGGACGGACCCACAGACACCUUCACCCGAGGCCUGUCCCAGAUCUAUGAAGACAGCGAACCUUCUCGCCCAGGCACUAAGACAGGCGGAAGCCAGAGCUGGGCGGUUACCCAGCAAUUCAAGAAGGUGGAUAAGGCAGGCAAGAAUGGUCGUAAGAUGACCUCACCGAGCUUGAAAGAGCAAGACCCAGAUCCAACAGUACAGCUAGGGAAGGUGGAGUUCCCCCAGCUUUCCUGCUUCACCAUGGACCUUGAGCCUCCUAAGGAGGACCCUGAGGCAAUCAGACUGAGGGAGGAGUACCGUCUUAAAGCGAGGAUGAGGGAUUAUGAGAAGAAAAGAAUACAGAAGAUGUACGAGACGUCACUGACACACCAGGCUGCUACACAGAGAAUAUUAGGCAAGAAUGCUGAGUUCCUGGAUGUACUGCGGGGUCCCAGCUUAGCUGAUGUGGUCAAUGCCGAAGCGACAGCAUCCUCCAGUGACUGUAACUCGGACAUUCUUGUUGACGACCUCGGACUGGACAGGCCACUCCUCGCACUGACAAUGUCAGGAGAAGAUUCUUCCAGGUCUCAGAGACGCAGACAAGGGACGGAGAAGGAUGGGGGAAGGAAUUCCCAUGGCGGGUCCACACGGCAGAGCUCAGCUAGCUCCACAGGGUCACAGUCUAGGUAAGUACUCUGGUAGAUAUACAGUUAUUUCUCAUUAACUCAAAUUCAGAUAACUCGAAACUCUGUUUAUCUCGAAGUAAUACUCCAUUCUUGUCAAGAGAAUAGGAUAUUAUGUACAU